GCAAGCUAGGAGCUAGCAAGCUAACAAAUAGCAGGUGGAUGUCUUUUCGUUCGGGGCUAUCUUUUAGCGUCAGUUUUAUACGUUUUUUUUAAAUCUUUUCCGUCAUUUGAGGUUGUUACGUCAGAGCGUUUAUCAGACGUCUUCCAGGUGUUCAGCCGCAGGUUAGCCGUCCUCUCCCGGUCCACGGAGACGCCUCUGCCCGGUGCUCUCUGGUCCGUCCUCUCCCGGUCCACGGAGCCGCCUGCUCGGUCGGCCGGUGCUCUCCGGUGUAGAAGUUACUCCAGAAAAAGGCAAAUGCCUAAAAAAGAGAAAGCGGUGAGAGCACAGCCGGCUGGUGGUGCAGCAGCAGAGGCGGAGGCGUCUUGUCCAGUGACCCAGGAUAAAAGUGGUGCUGUUACCAUAACGGUGCACGCGAAGCCCGGCUCCAAACACAGCAGCAUCACAGAAGUUGCUGCGGAGGCGGUGGCAGUUGCCAUCGCAGCACCUCCAGCCGACGGAGAAGCAAACACCGAGCUCAUUCGCUACCUGGCUGAAGUCCUGGAGCUGAAGAAGAGUCACAUAUCUCUUGACAAGGGCUCCAGGUCCAGAGACAAACUCAUCAGAGUGGACUCCUCCCUCAGUCCAGAGGAGGUGUUGAGGAGGCUCAGACAGGCUGCAGGAUGACAGGAAGGACGGAGGAGGUGGAUGGAGGCUGAAACAGGCUGCAGGCCCACAAGAGGACAGAGGAUGGAGGAGGUGGGAAGAGGCUACUAACCCCGGGCAGGACGUCCCUUCAUCCCUGGACCUGCUGGAGCUUCAGGCGGGAUGUCCACCGCUAUCAUGUCUGUUUGGUUAAAAGAGUGUCGGCUCAAAGUAAACACAUCGUGAAUCUCUAUGAUUAAAUCUGAACUUUUCUGUGUGAAGUUUUGUAUCCAGGAUUAGAUUUAAUUAAAGGUAAACCUGAAGUCCAACAAGAUUCAGAAAGGAAAUGACUUCUGUCACAUUUUAAUGAUGAAGAAAAACUUAAAUUAAUUUAAUAAAACUCAAGAAGGAAAUCUAAAAUGAGUAUUAAUACACAUUGUAUGUAAAAACACCUGUAGGCAGCAGGUGGCGCUGUGUCACUGCUCAUGUCGGCUGAGUGAAGAAGGAGCUGAUGAAGGAGACGCUGAACGGACUUCUGAAACUUUUCAUCACUGACUUCAUUUGCAGCAGCUAUGAAGGAGUUUAUCCUCCAACACAGAAGAUUUACUGAGCUUAUGAGGCUCCGCUGCUCGAAUGAAACCAAGUAUUUUACUGUCUGACUGAUAAUCUGAACUAAAUUUCAGAGGGAGAUAUUUUACUGCUACAAUUAUUUGACAGCUGAAGAUUCAAAUUGAAUACAAUUUAUUUAAUUAUUAUAGAUUAAAUGACCAAACAGCAGCUGCAUGUAGUAGAUAACCUAAGUUACACCUUUACAAAGCUUUUCACAUGUUCAUGCAUCUGUAAAUAUAAUUACACAGUUUAGGAGCCAUUCUGCUGUAUGAGUACUUUUGGCUGACAACACUUAGAUACUUGAGGUUUUUAAUGCAGGACUUUUAGCUGUAAUGAAGUACAUACAAAGUACAUGGAUAUAACACACGUACAAGUCAAAAACACCUGAAUGCCAUUAAUUGUGUUUAUUUAAUGAACAGAUGACCAAAAUAUUCGUGAAUUGUUCAUUUAUUCUCCCAAUUAAUUCUCUGUAUUUGUUGAAUUGUUUGCUUAAAAUUCAAAGUGUAUCAAUACACAACAACAUGUACAGUGUGUCCAACUCUGUCAGCAGGGGUGGACGAAGUAGUCCGAUCCUUCACUUUAGUAAAAGUAAUAA